AUGGCAAAAUAUACCUUCUCCUCCGAGCUCUCCGGCUUCCCCCCGGCUAAAUAAUAUAAAUACGGUGUUGACUGAUGAUAACAAAUCAAAUCAAACGGAAAAUUUGGAAAGACAGCAGAACAUUUAUCAUGCGGGCUCAUCGUUUUGUUCUAAAGAUAGUACAAGUUGUUUGUAUCAGGGCUGGGCCGAGCUCUUUAUUCGACGGCCAAGUGGAAAUACGUCCUGGGUACUAAGGCUGCAGAAUCGUCCAACAUCUAGCGACAUUUUUGUCGGCGGAGGUUCGCGAUCUCAGGUUGAGUUGACGUCACCGGAGAUUUACGAUAGUUUGAUUCCGAAAGAAUUUUUUGAUGAUUUGUGGGCAGAAGUGAGAGAAGAAAAAUCAAAAGAAGUUUUAGCAAAAACCACAGGGUUACUCAGUAAAAGUGCUGACAGCGAUACACUUAUUGUAGAUCUUGUAAAAGAUCACGAAGUUCAAAAUACGACCAAAAUGAACGCUGAAGAUGAAGUCGUUGAUAAAAAUACUGGAAGGAAAGUGUCCUUUAGCCAGGAUGGAGGACCUGAGAAUGAUAAUAACAUUGGUUCUUUCGUUAAACGAACACGGUAUCUUAGUCAUAGUCCGAGGGAUGGACCAAGUGCCUUCAUGGGUCUUGAUGGAGUCAAAGAUUCUAUCGAUGACGCACUUCACGAAAAUCCACCUGAAAUGGAAUGCGAAGAUUUUUCCCAAUCACCUGUAUUUGAAAAGCCCGUCGUUGGGAAAUCUCCAUUGGAUGCAAGUCCCUUGAAGAAAUUUCUUCAACAAGAUAAGAAAUAUUUGAACGAAGAUUCUGACAGUGAUAGCUUUGAGGAAACUCUCGUGAACUCAGAUACGACGUCAAAUCUUCAAGAAGACACUUUACAAAAUAAUUCUCCACUGAUUUCAAGUAAUUCUCACGAUUUUGAUAAAGAUGAAUCAACUUCUGUAGAUGUUACAACUUCAUCACCAACAUCUUUUGUGGAAAGUGUUCUCAAUACAUCAAACUGCGAAGAAAAUGAAUCUACCAGGGGUUUUCACUCUCUGCCAAACUCCCCAACAUCUCAAACUUCAGCUUGCAAUGCAUCACAGAAUAUGAAGGGAAGUUUUAGUCCAUUGUUUGGCUUUACUGGAGAUAAAAUCCCUACAAGAAACUUUCACGUUAAGACGAACAAAAGCGCCACGGUUGACAUUGGUAUGUUAAAUCGAUCUUCGUCCUUUGUUGAUGUCGAGGAAAGCAUGAAAGGGAAACGAGGUAUAUCAAAGCUUUUCGAAAAUGACAAUGGAAAAAAACAAACAGUUUUACUAAGACGACAGACUAUGUCUGGUAGUCAACUGCCUAAGAAAAAAUUAAAUCGCAGAAGUUACGAUGGAUCAUUUUCUGAUACAGCGACGAUGAAUCACGAAAACAAUGACGAAGAUAUGCCGAUGACUUAUGACGCAAUGAGUCCAAACUUCAUUUUCUUACAACUAUAUCAUUUGUCGUGGUUUGGCAAGGAUCACACUCCACAUGCAAUACCUGAACAAGAGUUCUUCCAUCGCGCUGUCAAGAAUCUUGAUCGUAUCAUGUCUUACGAUACUCACAAGAUUGCCGUCAUUUAUGUAGCUGAAUAUCAAGAAAAUGACGAAGUAGCUAUCCUUCGUAAUCAAUAUGGGUCAUCGAGAUACAUGGAGUUCCUUUCAGGUCUUGGAGAGCUAGUCAGACUUCGUGACUGCUCUGUUUGUGAUGUUUAUACUGGGGGACUGGAAAGGAAUGGCGUUGAUGGAGAAUAUGCAUAUUGUUGGAGGAGUGAGUUAGCUCAAGUGAUGUUUCAUAUUGCAACGUUGAUGAAACAAAGAAAAAGAUCAAAUUGUCAUUCAAAGAAACUUCACAUAGGAAAUGAUAAUGGUCAGUUUAACUUUGUGGAAAUUGUUAUCAAACCGCUGGAUAACCAAACCAACAUCGUCUGUUUAAAUAUCAAAGAUGAAUUGAAAGAAAUAUUAAUGAAUUCUAACCUUACUCCGAGGAUUAUAUCGGACAAGAAUCUUGCAACAUUGGUUCGCCAUAUGGCUUUACAUGUAAACAAACUGAAUAUAGUUCACCAGUGUGCGUGA